UUUCCUUGUGUAUUUACCGAAGGAAAAUAUCAAGGCCGGGUAAAAUACUAGUAUCUGUGUGAUAUGGUGAGACGUUUAUCAGUUUUCUUUGACCGUCAGUUGUCAAAUGACCAAAUUCUGCAAUCAGUCAUGAGCCGUAGAUGAGAAUGGGGACGAAAGGCAAGACGGCGUGGUCUUUGGAGACAUACACCAUUCGCGAUGUGGUGUAUAAGAUGGGUCUCCCCCGGACAGUGAGAGUCACUGAAGGCGUGUACAGCCAAAACGAACAGGAGAGCCUGUCCACGGGCGACGUCAUUCGACUAGAGGAGGUCAGCGAACUACGGCGGGUGAUGACGCGUGCCACACUGAUGGACGGUGACGUCACUGAUCUACAGAUCCCCCUCAAUCACAACGCUCCCGUCUAUGUUUACACCGGCUCGGAGACCGUGUAUAAAUCGGUGCAAGAACUCAUCCACCUCUUCCCCGGACACGUGCACGUGGAUUCUCCCAUCAAGGUUGUGACAUUGGACCAGGGGGGUGGGGAAGGGGAGGAAAUUGACCUCUCUUGGGGCGCAUGCCUGAAACUGGACAAGGUGGCGAGUGGACAGGGGCUGCACUGUACUUGUGGUAACAAACGGGUUUGCCUGCGUCCUUUUCAAAGGGGAAAAUUUUCCCGGAUUCCCAAGAACGAUAUCAUGUGUUUCAAGGACGUGAUCAGAAAUUUCUCGUUACCCAUUAAAGUGAGAUUCAUGGAGAAACCGCCGGAGCUAAGCUCAGUUUUGGACAUCAGUCAAGUGAAUUACUUCUCCUUGGAGCGAGUGGAGUCCGAGGUGGCAAUAGUUGGGCACGAACUUAAACCGGACGGGUCCCGGGUGUCGGACAAUCAGCUGACUGUGGCGAUGACCCAGGCAAACGACGUGGAGGUACAGAUCUGUCUGAAGAACGAGACCCCACCCGCCGUGUCCCAAAGCAGUCCCAGGGUGACCACCCGCGCGGAGAAGAAACGCCCCCCGCCCGUACCCCAGAGAUCCAGCAGUAUCCCUAGUUCCUUUGGGAAGAGUGUUCCCCUAAUAAAGACCCGUUUAAUGAACCAACAGGUGCCCGUGGAUCACUCUAACGUUGCCUCAGUGAAUCCUCAGCCAGCCAGUGUUGGCAAUAGGACUGGACUAUUGAGUUCUUUUGGUGCCAAAUUACCCGUUCUUCCUCCGCGAAAAAUGUCCAAUCCAGAGACCAUGAAGGAAAUCCACCGCGGGGGCAUAGGUUUGUUGUCCCAGGAGAACAAGCUCUGCGCUGUCCCUCCCCUCCCGGCCCGAAGCAGAUCCCCAAGUGAGGAAGCCACCGAUAUAACAUUACACACUACACUGGGGAGAAACACACCAGAAAUCGUAAAGAAACUAGAGACCGGUCUAACGUUAAAUAAACUACCACCUGAGUUGGGACGGCAGCUCUUCAACAACAACAGCAAUAGUAGUGGCGGCGGCAGUAAUAGGAAUUCCAAAUCGAACACUCCUACUAAACCAUUGUCCAAUCGUAGUUCUGUCGAUGACUACCAGUCGUUAGAAGAUUCGGAUAGUUCUGAAAAUGCCGACGAAGCUGAAUACAUUUCAAUGGCAAGCACGAGUAAACUGUUGAAAAGGAAACCCCCAACUCCAAUUAGAGGCACGCAGCAGACGACACAGCCCACUCCUAGCACAGCGCCGGAUGUUCCAUUAAGAAACCGUAGCAACAGCUCUUCACAGAACCAUGCUGGAUUAAUUGCUGGUCUAGCACAGAAUGUUGUCAGUAGAAGAGUCUCGCCUCUUCAGGAGCAGCAGCAGGCCCCGGUUCCAGCGAUUACGAUAGAAACUGCCUCGGUACAGGGCGUUCCCAUGAACGAAGGUGUGGUGAGCGUAAUGCAGGUACCAAUUUCAUCCCAAAACCUUGACCAGUAUUACACAAGCAUACCUAAGAAAUUUCGACAGAGCCUGGUCUUGGUUCACAAGGAAUUUUUCAAUCGUUACGGAGAUAGUAAACCUACCGGCGCAGUGUGCCCUAUCUCCCGCCUCCCGCCCCCCGCGGAAACCUCCACCUUCGCCGCCCUGUCUGUAGCUGACACAGUUCGCUGCUUCCGGGAGUGUCGGCUCACUGAGUUGGCCGACCUUUGCGAAAAGGAGGGUCUGGACGGCUGCUUCAUUGACAAACUGACCCCUGACGACCUCAGCAAAGACCCUUUCAACCUCACCGUCCUGCACCGAAUGAAAGUCGAGCAAAUCAAGCACGGAUGGCGGCCUUGUUAUGAAUGACAGUGGGCGGUGACGAUUUAGUGACAAAUCCGCUAGUUCGGACAUACCGGUAUGAGCAGAAAAACAGUUUUAAUUUAAGUGAAGUUGUUGAUUUGUUACAAGAAUAUCUCGGAUCUAAAGGUUGAUGUAAUGUGUGACUGAUCGUGACUUCGUGUAUUAUUUAUAAAUGUGUUCAUAAAUUAUGUGUAACUGUG